AUGAAGUUGCAGCAUGGAAAGACCAAGUCUGGCUCUGCAUCUCUUGAUGGGUCAUAUGACACUUGCAUUAAGAAGGAUGGUGACGCCUCUGGUUUGGAGGAAAGUUUUGACGAUACAACGCCAACGAUAAGUGGAAAUUCAUCUCAGGAUUCGACGUAUGCUGAAAGAAGCCCAAAAGAAGACGAUAUUGAAGGGGUGUUGGAUUCGGUGGUGGAAAAAUUGCAGGCUGAAGAGGAAAACACAUUUAUUAGGAAAGAUUCUUCUGAAAUAAAAGAAUCAUUGACGGCGCCAAUUAUAUGUUGCAAAAAUGAAGAAACCAUCAAUGAAGUUGUAACUGAAGAGCCAUUGAUGCCACAAGAAAGCGCUACCGAGGCUUCUAUUAGCAUUCUGAACUAUGAUAAUCAUGAUGAUGAUGAUGAUAAUGAUGAUAGAAGUGCUGAUAGGAGAAGUAACUGCGCAUCAGUAAAUUUUGACAGCAAUAGAACUCGAGAAAAUUUGUUAGAAUCUUCAGGGGAAAAUAAUAACAAUAUUGAAGAAGGUUAUGCUCCUCCAAAGAAGGUUGAAGCCGCUGUACAAACAAUCCCUGACUGUUCCAUUGAAACUGUUGCCAGAUCAUGCCAAACUACAGAAUCAAUUUGGAACAUGAACUUUUGUGAUGGUUGCAAAAGAAAUAAUGGCAAGGUGACGAAAAACAUUUUUGAAUUAGUGAAAAAGAACAUAAAAGAUGCAGUAAGGUUUAAACAGUCAAGCAUGCUGGUUGACGAAGAAGCCAAAACAGAGUCGAAAUCAAAGAAAUACUCAGUAAAAUUUACCGCAUUUGGAUCGUUAGAAAAAGCAGAUGGUAACAGCAUUUCUGCAGCUGAUAGUAGCAUGGGAAUAAAAAUUAGGCGACUUGAUUUCACGCCUGUGUGGUCACGUGUUUGUGAUGAACUGGAUGAGGCUGCCUUCAAUGAAAGUUUCAUUGACUCUCCAGUGAAACGAAAGAAUAUGCAAUCACAGGGAACCAGGAAACGAAAACGUGGAAAGAAUGUUGCUUCCAGCAGGAAGCAUUUAAGUAGAAGAGUAAAUGAAGAAAAGAGUCAGGGUAGUGUCAUAGAUUCUCAAGAAGCUGAUUUCGAUGGCGCUCAUUCGCAAGAAACUGAUGACGAAACUAGAAAACGUUUUGAUGGAGAUAAAGAAAGCUCUUCAGGGAUCGUCAGUCAAGAGACAGAGGUCAGCCGUGACGUCACAGACGUGGUUAACGAAAAGGCUGAACUCUGCGCAGAGAGUUGCAAGGAGCAAUCAAACCCUGUUGAAGGAAAAGAAAUAGACGAUGUUGUACCACCAACGCCUCCAUCUGAGCUUCCGUUGAACGAUACAGUUUACUCAUCUAACAGAUCCGUUCUGUCGAAAGUUUUGCAAAAGGGAGGCAAAACCAGACUUAUCACAGACGACAAAAGAGAUGCAAAGCUUCCUCUAAGUAAGGUAGAAAACAUUUCAAAUGAAAUAUCCUUGUCUUCCGUUAUUCUAGAUGACGUUUCUGAGAAUGGCAGUCAGAAUAUGUUUAUGAGUGGUAUAAAGGGAAAUCAGUCUAUAUCGAGAAACAGUCAGGUUGUUUUAGAGAGCCAAGAAGACGGGCCAAAGACGCCUAAUGUGAAAUGUGGUGUGAGUGAAAAGCCAGGAAGAGACUGCUUGGUGCCAGACGAGGACAAUUCAGUAGAAAAGAGACAAACAAGACGCGUAACGUUGAAGCGGAAAGCCAAGGGACCAAAAAUUGGAACAGAUAAUGUAACCAAAAAACAAAAACUCGAGUCGAUUUGUGAGAAUGUUAACACUGACUCACAAAAUGGCAAUUUAUCGGGUAAAAGCAUUGCAUCUAAAAAAGUUUCUAGUUUCCAAACGGAUUCCCUUUAUGACAUUGAUUCACAAAUCCUAAUCGGUAGUGAAAACCCCAGUGGAUUAGGUCAGAAUACAGAAAGUAGCGCAGAAGUCAGUAAAAAGUCCCAAGAGACAUUAGUUACAACUGGAGAGCAUGGAAGCAUUGUUGGACAGCACGAUGCUCCAUUUUUGGUGACAGAAAGCAGAAUAGAUAUUUCAUUUAACGACAGCCCGAUUGAUAUUGUAAAUUCUCAGAAAACAAACAAUUGUGUCAAAGAUAAUGAUUUUCAGAAUUCAGCACAAGGUAACGAAGAGCAAAAUGAUAGGAACCAGGAGGGAGUACUGAAUAACAACGAGUUCACCCAGGAUAUACCCAGCAGUAUCUUGGCAACUAGCAAUGAUCAAAAUACCGCCGAUGAACUAGCGGACACUUGUCUAGAGGAUGUGCCAUUGAAAAAGGAAGAAUUUCCACUUGAAGAGGAUGAAUGUAUUAAUGACGCUGCCAUUCUAUUUGACAGUAAUGAAGAAGUUGACGAAGGAGUUGGCGGAGGAGUUGGCGAAAGAGUUGAUGAAGGAGUUGACGAAAGAGUUGACGAAGGAGUUGACGAUGAAGUUGAAGAUGCUGCGAUGGUCAAAGCUAAAGAAAAUGGGAACAAUGAAGAAGCUUACGAGCUUUGUGGAGUAAAGCGCGCUGGCAAACAGUCUACUGCAAGGGCAGAGCAAUUCAGUUGCCUAGAUGACGAUGAAAAGGAUUUGUUUGCAUCUGAUGAAGAAGAUCUUAUCGAGGAGGAAGAUGCUGCCCAUGAAGAAGCGGGUACUACAAUUGAGGGAAGGACAGCUGAACCGAAGAACGAUGACCCGGAGAAGAAAAACACAUCUGAUUUUAAAAGCUUGGUAAGGAGGUUUUCAAAAAAGGGAUACGAAGAAAACGAGGCUGAAGAAAGCUCAGAAGAAGAACCUGAAUUUAUCAAACCUUCUCCUGAGCGUUAUCUCGAAAACAAUACUUCCAUUAAGAUGAAACGCCAUUAUGCAAGUGAGGCUGGCUCUGAGCUAGUCUUAGUUAAAAACACAGAGGAGAUCACAGAUAAUUGUGAGUAUGAAAGUCCCCCGUCGCCAACACCACCCCCUAGGAUAAAGAAGAAAAAGACCUCUCCGCAGUUCCAAGAGACGAUGGAAAUGCUGAAGAAACUUGCGGCCAAAAAUGAUAGGCCUAUGCUCAUAGAAAAAGUUGACGAUGCUACAGUUCCCCACAAAGUAAAGCCUAAAGCAGCAGGAGAUGUUGAAUCACUCUCUGUUAUGACUGGAGUGAACAUCAAUACUCGAAAAACUGAGAAAGCAGAAGGCUGCCACGCAAAGAACUUCCGAAAAACCACAGAAAACGCCCUUUUGCCUUUUACAGGUGCCAGCGAGCGGUUCCAGCCAGGGAAAGGGCAAGUGGAUAACCACGAAUUCAUGCGGCAAAAUACACCAAAUCGCGGUGAUGCACAUGCUGUCAAUAAGAUGACUGACAACAAGUUAACUGUUGUCCCACAAUUGACAGUCAAGAGAGAAAUCGUCACCACACCAAAGUUAAAGUCUGAAAGUCAAUUGAGGGAUAGAGGCAAUCUGAACACUGUUGGUGGUUCAUUUGAAAGUCCAGCAAGGACACACAAGACACCAAGCGUGCUUGUUCCGUCAAGACUGAACAGAAGGCAAAUGGUUUGUUGCAAGGCUCUAGCAGAUAAAAUAGGCUGCAAGUUUUCAACAUCUUUCAUCGACGGCGUUUCGCAUUUAAUCAUGGGAACUGACGAAAACUUUGCCAUCGAUCGGUUUGCUUACACUUACAAAUACUUGAUGGCCUUAAUAACUGGUUCAUGGAUCGUGAGUUUUAAAUGGGUGACAUCCUCUUUGAAUGCUCAAAAAGUAGUUGAUGAGGCACAAUAUGAAGUGAAAGGUGACAUUUCCUCAAAUCAUGAAAUGGUACCCAAGCUUGCGAGGAAUUCAAAGCAAAGGAAGGAUUCGCCGCUAUUUACUGAUCUUACAUUGUCACUUGUUGGGGAUUUCCAAACAUGCAACAUGACUAGAGAGCAACUCGCCCAGCUACUGGAAAAAGGUGGAGCAGUAGUCAUGUUUGAAUUACCCAAGUCCAUACCAUCGAAGAACUUUCUGCUAAUCACGGAUUCUGAAGACAUUGAAGGCUUUAAAAGUCAAUUUAUCGAAGCAAAUAUUCAGCCAGUUCAUUACCAAUGGAUAACGGAGUCUAUUAUCAACUAUAAGGUACAAAAUCCCGCGGAAUUUCUCAUAAAUUUAUGAAGACUAUGCAUUUCUCAACCUGCAGUUUAUUGUAAAUAUUAGCAUACAAAUUUUUCAUUUUUGUAAAUUCAUACUGAUAAGGUUUUGUUUCGUUGCUUAAGUCUACGCAUACUGCUUUUAGUAAUGUUUUAACAAAUAAUAGCGCGGCUAAUUUUAAUAUCAAAUCAAAUAAUGACAUCCCUACAAAAUA